ACCCGCGUAGUUACAUACUACUACCUCUCCGAUCGAGUGUGUACAGCUGAUAACUCGGCGAUAAUCCAAGAUAACGACUGUACAAGAAACGCGUGCCUUAAUGCCUUUUCGAUCUGUUCUAUAAUCACUGCCCGCCCCGUCGGUUCUUCGGCACUGCAGUUGCCCACCAAGUGUGCCAGUACGUAAUUCCCGGCCACGUUUUUCUCCUAACCCCCUGGAUUGGGGAAUUUUCAAGUUUGAAAUAGGAGUACCUCGAAACGGGAGACCGAAAAUCAAACAUCCCGCCCUUCUACCGGCUUGGCGUCCCCCUCCAUCGUUCGAACCAACCAGCGAGAAUAACUGACCGCGCAAGUUUCUGGUUUACGCCCCAAUAACUGCUGCUGCCCGCAUAACUUGAACCAGAAUCAGAAUCAGAAACAGAACCAGAACCAGCACUAGCACCAACAGUAGCAACAUAAUUAUGGCCGAAAGCAAAUCGGAGAAGUCGCCGUUUAUCGGGAAGCAGGCGGGUCCGGCUCCGGUGACUUUGAAUCCCUCAUGGGAAUCCAAGCUGCCGCCCCUGGAGAGCAAGCCAACCGCGUCCACUGGAAUUCUGGGACUACCUAUCCCCAAGGACAAGUACAAAAUCGUGUUUUUCAUCUUUUUGCUGCACGGCUUGGGAACGCUGCUCCCGUGGAACAUGUUCAUCACGGCCAAGAGCUAUUUUGAGGACUUCAAGCUGGGAAACGGUACGGUUUCGGAUGUUAACUAUAAGACCAAUUUCAUGCAGAACCUGGGCUUCGCCUCCCAAAUCCCCAACGUUCUGUUCAACUGGCUGAACAUCUUCGUCAGCUUCGGCGGCGACCUGACCAGCCGCAUCGUCUACAGCAUCAUCGUGGAGCUGAUCAUUCUGCUGGUGACCAUUGUGUUGGCCAUGGUGGACUCGUCCGAGUGGCCGGGCGUCUUCUUCUGGUCGACCAUGGUGUGCGUGGUGCUGAUAAACAUCUGCAACGGCAUCUACCAGAACACCAUCUAUGGAAUUGCAGCUACCCUUCCGAUUAAGUACACCGGAGCCGUUGUCCUGGGAUCGAAUAUUUGCGGAUGCUUCACGUCUGUGCUCAUCAUGGUCUACCAGACGUUUGACUCGAAACGGACCCAGGCCAUCUACUACUUUGUCACGGCCAUCCUGGUGCUGCUGCUCUGCUUCGACACGUACUUUGCCCUGCCCCUGAACAAGUUUUUCCGCCACUACGAGAGCCUCAGCCACGACAGCGAAAAGAAGACGGAGUCCCGGCAGCAGUUGAACGUUCCCUACUGGCAGAUCUUCAAGAAGGCAUCGCCGCAGCUGCUGAACAUUUACCUAACCUUCUUCGUGACUCUGGGCGUGUUCCCGGCCGUCCAGUCGAAUAUCCAUCGAUCGGAUCCAGACUUUAUCAUCGACAGUGACCGCUUUGUACUCGUCACCUGCUUCCUAACCUUCAACGUGUUCGCCAUGCUGGGCAGUCUGACCACGUCCUGGGUGCAGUGGCCCAAGCCGAGGUUCCUGUGGCUGCCGGUGGUGCUGCGUCUGGCCUUCCUCCCCCUGUUCAUCAUGUGCAACUACGUGCCCCCAGACAAGACACGCACCUUGGCCGUGUUCAUCGACAACGACUGGAUCUUCUGGGGCAUGGGUAUUCUGAUGGCCUACUCCUCCGGCUACCUCAGUUCGCUGGGCAUGAUGUAUGCCCCCCAAUCGGUGGCUGCCAAGUACCAAACAACGGCUGGAAUGUUCGCCGCCGCCAUGCUGAUCACGGGCAUCUUCUCCGGCAUUAUGUUCUCGUAUCUGCCACCCGUAUUGGUCGUUUAGAUGUCCAUCUUGCCUCUUUGACAAAUUCUAACACCCUCAUGCAUUUUUUUCAUCCACUAAAACCGACACCCAGAUUAAUUAUAGUUUUUAGGCCAUUGGCCAGUUGGUUUCGAUCUAACCAAUCAUUAUUUUAUAGCACGUUUCAUUGAAUAAAGUUUUUAAAGUUUAUUUUAAUA